AAUGGCAGCCCAGGAGAAUUGCUCGUGAGAUUAGCUGGAGUUAGCUCCUCCUCUGUGGUUUACACUCACAGCCAGGCUAGCCUGCAUGUGUUUUCAUGCUAACCUUUUGCACAGAAAUGGAUUUAUUGCAUUUCAAAAUGCCCCUCGCCUUAUUUAGAGAACAAUGUAAGUUUUUUCUGCUUUUAGUAUGUGUGUAGAUGAUCACUUUUUGACAGAUUUUGAUAACAAAGUGAGAUCUCUCCUGAAGAUGUUUCCACAAUCAGGGAAAUCGAUUGUCUUUGACAACUUUCCGGAUCCCACUGACACCUGGGAAAUCAUCGAGACAAUCGGAAAAGGCACCUACGGUAAAGUCUACAAGGUGCUUAACAAACUAGAUGGAAGCAAAGCAGCUGUGAAAAUCUUGGAUCCCAUUCAUGAUAUCGAUGAGGAAAUUGAAGCAGAAUACAACAUCCUCAAAGCUCUUUCAGACCACGCCAAUGUAGUCAAAUUCUACGGCAUGUACUACAAGAAGGACGUCAAAUGUGGGGAUCAGUUGUGGCUUGUACUGGAGCUGUGCAACGGCGGCUCGGUGACAGAUCUAGCUAAAGGCAUGUUGAAGAGAGGAGACAGAAUGGAUGAAGCCAUUAUUGCCUACAUCUUGCAUGAGGCCCUCAUGGGCCUCCAACACUUGCACAUCAACAAAACCAUCCAUCGUGACGUCAAAGGCAAUAACAUCCUGUUGACAACACAAGGAGGGAUCAAACUCGUGGAUUUUGGUGUUUCGGCACAGCUGACAAAUACUCGUCUGCGGAGGAACACCUCUGUGGGAACUCCCUUCUGGAUGGCUCCAGAGGUAAUAGCCUGUGAGCAGCAACUGGACUCAACCUAUGAUGCUCGUUGUGACGUCUGGUCCCUGGGCAUCACCGCCAUAGAACUAGGAGAUGGAGACCCGCCUCUGUCCGACCUCCACCCAAUGAGAGCUCUGUUCAAAAUACCCAGAAACCCUCCACCUACUCUCCACCAGCCGGAGCUGUGGUCAGACGACUUUAAUGACUUCAUCUGCAAAUGUCUGAUAAAGGAUUUCGAGCUGAGGCCGAAUGUGCUUGACCUGCUGCAGCAUGUCUUCAUAAAACAGAUCGUCUGCAAAGAAAAAAUCCUACAGAAACAACUGAUUGAACUCAUUGACCUCAAUCAACAAAUAGGACUCAUUGAAAAAACAAGCCAUCAUGGAAAGACAGACAGAAGCCAGACAGACAGUAAUGACAGGCAUGAACGCAUACACACUAAAAAAGGAAGCCACAUGAAGACGCAGAGUGACGCCAAUGAGGUGGAUGACCUCGCCACACUCGAGGUUUUAGACGAGAACACAGUCAUAGAGCAGCUCCAGAGUCGUUAUGGAAGGGAUCAGAUUUAUACGUACGUGGGAGACAUCCUCAUCGCAGUCAAUCCUUUCCAUAAGAUGGAGAUCUACACUGCUGAGUACACUAAGAUGUACAUCGGAGCUAAGCGUACAGCGAACCCACCACACAUCUUUGCAGUGGCUGACAUUUCCUACCAGUCUAUGGUGUCAUACAAUGCAGACCAGUGCAUUGUGAUAAGUGGGGAAAGUGGAGCAGGAAAAACAGAGAGUGCUCAUCUCCUGGUGCAGCAGCUGACCGUUCUUGGAAAGGCCAAUAAUCGGACGCUCCAGGAGAAGAUCCUGCUGGUCAACAGCCUUGUGGAAGCGUUCGGAAAUGCCUGCACCGUCAUCAACGACAACUCCAGCCGCUUUGGCAAAUACCUGGAGAUGAAGUUCACCACUGGGGGAACGGUGGUCGGAGCGCAGAUAUCGGAAUACCUGCUGGAAAAAUCCAGAGUCAUCCACCAGGCAGCGGGAGAGAAAAACUUCCAUGUCUUCUACUACAUAUACGCAGGUCUGGCUGACAGGAAGAAACUCGCCCACUACAAGCUCUCUGACAGCAAAACACCUAAGUAUCUGUAUAAUGAACACAUUAAAUUAGGGCCUGACAUAGUGAGCAACACCUUCUACAAGGAGCAGUUUGAUGCAGUGGAGCAGUGUUUCAAAGUCAUUGGAUUCACCCUGGAGGAGCUGGGCAGUGUUUACAGUACUCUGGCUGCCAUCCUCAACUCCGGGGAUAUUGAGUUUUCUCCAGUUGCCUCAGAGCAUCAAACGGACAAAAGCAACAUCUCCAACAUUUCUGUCCUGGAUAAUGUGGCGUCUCUGCUGUGCAUCCGCUCAGAUGAGCUCCAAGAAGCCCUGACCUCCCACUGCGUUGUGGCCCGGGGGGAGACGAUCGUCAGGCCCAACACGGUGGAAAAGGCGGCGGAGGUGAGGGACGCCAUGGGCAAGGCUCUCUACGGCCGCCUCUUCAGCUGGAUUGUCAACCGCAUUAACACGCUGCUGCGUCCUGACAGCCACCUAGGAGAGAACGACAAGAGCUUAAACAUCGGUAUCCUGGACAUCUUCGGCUUCGAGAACUUCAAGAAGAACUCCUUUGAGCAGCUGUGCAUCAACAUCGCCAACGAGCAGAUCCAGUUUUACUUCAACCAGCACAUAUUUGCUUGGGAGCAGGAUGAGUACCUAAAUGAAGGUGACGCUCGAAUGAUUGAGUAUGAAGACAACCGGCCCCUCCUGGACCUGUUUCUGCAGAAGCCCAUGGGGAUGCUGUCGCUGCUGGAUGAAGAGAGCCGCUUCCCACAGGCCACCGACCAGACCCUAAUAUUAACAGUGUCAUUGGAUAUUUUAGAGAAAUUUGAAGAUAACCUCAAGGCCAAGAGCUUCUGGAGGCCAAAGAGAGUUGACCUUGGCUUUGGUAUUCACCACUAUGCAGGAAAGGUUAUGUACAACGCUACUGGUUUCUUGGCUAAGACAGACACACUGCCUGCCGACAUCGUCCUUCUACUCCGGUCAUCUGAGAACGAGCUCAUUCGCAAACUUGUCACUCACCCCCUCACCAAAACAGGCAACCUUGCCCACACCAAGGGUAAAGGCAUAAACACAUUGCGCAGCCCGCGGACCACGACACGCACCGUCACCUUCGCCAAGAUGGGAGUGCUAACUUUGUACAGUUCUUUUUCUGUGUGUGAGUCUGAACGUGGAGAUACUCCUUACCAUCCAAGAGAAACCACCAACAUGAGAACACAAACUGUGGCCUCCUACUUCAGAUACUCACUGAUGGACCUGUUGUCCAAGAUGGUGGCAGGGCAGCCACACUUUGUGCGCUGUAUCAAACCUAAUAAUGACCGCCAAGCCAACAAGUUUGACCGGGAGAAGGUUCUGGUUCAGCUACGGUACACCGGGGUUCUGGAGACCGCCAAGAUCAGACGACAGGGCUACUCUCACCGCAUUCUGUUUGCUAACUUUAUAAAAAGGUAUUACAUCUUGGCUUUCCAUGCUCAUGAGGAACCUGCUGUGACUCCAGAAACAUGUGCAGCAAUACUGGAGAAAGCCAAGUUGGAGAACUGGGCAAUGGGAAAAACUAAGGUGUUCCUGAAGUAUUAUCACAUUGAACAUCUUAAUCUGAUGGUGCAGCAGACCACACAACGCAUCGUUCUUCUCCAGGCCUACGUUCGAGGCUGGAUGGGCACCAGACGGUACCGCCGGAUAUUAAAAGAGCGAGAACAGAGUGCUCUGGUGCUGCAGUCAGCUUACAGAGGCCAUAAAGUUCGGAAACAGGUUGCCGAUGAUAAAAGCAAAGUCAAGUUUCAGACAUUCAUUGUCCAGUUUCAGGCCGUUUGCAGGGGAUAUCUUGCAAGAAAGAAAUAUAAAGAGCUGGUAGAUGAGAAGAACCUAGCCGCAACUAAGAUCCAGGCACGAUACAGAGGGCAUAAGGAAAGGAAAAGCUUCAAACGAAAACGGGAGGCCAAAGAGAAAGAGAAAGCAGAACAUGCUCUUAAAGAACAAGAGAAAGUAACACCUGAACCUGAAAAGAGCACCAAUGAGGAAAAUCCUUCCUCUCCAAAUGAUGAUGAGAAAACUAAGGCUGCUGUUGUUCUUCAGAGCAACUACAGAGGCUACAAAGAGAGGAAAAAGUUUAAGGGAAAAAAAGACGAUGGCAGGGCAGCUAAUGGUCAAGAGAACGAUGAAGAUGAAGAAAGUACUUAUGAAUCUGAGGACAAUGAUGACAGUGAUCACACACAGGUUCCAGAAGAUGAAGAGAACACAGAAGUGGCAGAUGAAGCAAUGAUUGAGGAUGCCCCAGUAGGAGAUGCUGAAAAGGAGGGAGAAAAUGAUGAGAAUUUACAAGAUGAGACCAAGGCAGCAACUGUUCUCCAAAGUAAUUUUAGGGGGCAUAAAGAGAGGAAGAGAUUGCAGGAGGAGGGUAAAAUCCCAGCCAAAAAAGGAAAACCUAAAAGCCCAUCAAGUGAAGAGGAAGCUCCACCAGAACCUCCCCCAGCAGAAGAUCAGGAUGAAGCCAAAAAAGGGAAAGAGGCUCCACCAGAACCUCCCCCAGCAGAAGAUCAGGAUGAAGCCAAAGCUGCUGUUGUACUUCAGAGUAACUUCCGUGGCCACAAAGAGCGCAAACGACUUGAGGAAGAAGGAAAGAUCCCCAAGAAAAAGAAGAAAGGGAAAGAGGCUCCACCAGAACCUAAACCAGCAGAAGAAGAACAGGUCAAUCAAAAUAACGAGUCGGUGCCAGAUGGAGCGGAUGAAGAGAAAGCAGCAACGGUCCUGCAGAGUAACUUCAGAGGCCAUCGGGACAGGAAGAAACUGAAAGCAGAAAAAGAAGCACGGCAGAAAGUAAAGGUUGAGGAGGUCACGACUCCAACAGAUGAAGAAGAGGAAACUAAAGAGGAUGAGGAGGUGGUAAAGGAAGAGGACGUGGUGCUAGAGGAGGAAGAGGAGGCCUUAGAUGUUACCGAUGUGAUAAUAGAGCGUAAAGAGGAAAUGGACGAUGAAAGAGAACGACAUGAGGAGGAACAGGCCGCUGUGAAGAUCCAGAGUAACUUCAGAGGCUACAAGGACAGGAAGAACCUGAAGGCCAACAAGCAAACAGCGCAGAACGAAGCUGGGCAACUACAGACCUUCUCAAAAGAAAUUGAACAGACUUCUCAGGACUUUGUAGCCCUGCAGCACAAGUUGAAUGAGAUCAUACAGGCCCAUCAAUCAAACCCAGAGAACAAUGGCAUGUUCGUGAGAGGAAAACCGAUGAACGGUUAUGCUUCCCAGCAACACAUAUCAGCAGCUGAUAAGAGACUUUCGAACCCCCGCAGGACGCAGCAGCCCAAGACCCUCAACACCCCAGAGGACUCCAUUUACAACCUGAUUCAUCGAUCGGUCCAGGAUGACAAACGCAAGCCCAGGAAAGAGGGUUCUGGGAAGCUGCUGGAUGUGGACGACCAGUACUACCGGGGCCUGUCCACUGGCCAGUCCUCCCCCUCUGUCUCCCGUGGCAGCACCCCCGAGAGGGAUCAGUCCACCACUGAGAGGAGACCGUCCACAUCCGAGAGGAGACCUUCCACGACUGAAAGAAGACCUUCCAUGAGUGAGAGGAGACCUUCCAUGAGUGAGAGGAGACCUUCCAUGAGUGAGAGGAGACCUUCCACGAGCGAGAGGAGACCUUCCACGGACCAGAGACAGACACCAGGCCCUGGGAGCAGACCGCCAAGAGAAAGAGCUGUUACCGAACCAGAACCUCCCAGACCCACCAAAGACAACAGGCGCUCGGUUCCCAGAAUGCCCUCUACGGAGAGUCGCACUGACGAAAAUCCUUACGACUACAGACACCUACUGAGGAAGACCUCCCAGAGACGAAGGCUCAUCAAACAGUACUGAACAUGAGAGAUGUAAACGUCUAAAUCUAAAUGCGGUUGUGUAUUACAUCAUUAGAUGGUAUUUGCACACAAGGACUGCAUCCAUUUGAGCCUGAAUGUAAAUGUAAAUAUCAAACUGUACCUUGGAACUUGCUGUAAAUUACUGUUUAUUUCUGUCAUUUGUAAUGUAGUCCUUGGUAUACUGUGUUUUUCUUUUCUGAUAUUUCAGUGUCCUUUCAAAAACUUUGCCAUUUGCAUUUUUUUUUGUUUUGUCAGAUACUAUGUGUGAGUUUGUCUAUAUGCAUUUAACAGAAAAAGUAGUGUAAAUAAAGCAAAAUAUGUUCUUAUAUUCA